AUGAUUAAUAAUAUUCAUGAUAUUUCACAUUUAGAGAAAUUCGUCCUUGAACAACACAAGACAACUCAAAUAGUGAGUCAUCAUCAACAUCACCAUCGUCACCAAGUUACAGAACAACACAAAACAUCAUCCACCUCAACAAGUUCUCCUCCUUCUUCCACAACUAGUCCAACACCAAACGGUAGUGAAAUCACUUCAACAACACCAUUACAAGAAUCAAAUAGCAACUCAUCUUCUACCAAUAAUUUGGAUAUCACUAAUUUGGAAAAUCUAGAUCAUCCUCAAACAAUUUCGUCCCUUGCCUCUAAAGAUUUAAUGUUGCAUCUCAAAAAAUACUAUCCUAACUUGUUCGGAAAAGAACACAACUCAAAUCAACAGGAGGAAAAUGACCAUUUUAAUCAAUUAUUAAUGUUAUCCUCAAUUGAGCAAUUAACAAUAGAUCGAGAUAAUGAGCAAAUUUUUGUGAGUUCACAUCAAGAAAGUUCAAAAUUUUCAGCUCACUUUAAAACUUUAGCCAUUCGUAGCACAUCAGCAGAAAUUUCAGUGGGUCAAGGAAGAGAGGGCCCAGUUCUAUUUGGUGAUGAAAUUAAUGGAUACAAUUUUGCCUAUAUUUUCAAAGUUAAGGAUAGUAUGGCAAGAGGGUUUGCCAGAUGGUUUGCCAUAGUAUUAAUGGAUACUUCUCUUUCAAUGCUUACAAUUAGUUGGCCCUUCCUCAAUAGUGGUAUGGGUAGAAUUGUCAAGCUUAUUCGAGCUCGUUCUCAACAAAUAUUUUUAGAGGAGAAGGAAAAACAAAAGCGAUCAGGUUCCUCUAAUGCUCUCAAUGAGGAUGGUACUAAUGCUGAGGAUCAUGGUUAUAGAUUUUUCCAUUCUGGAGGUCCACUCUCAGCAGAUGUAUUCAGACAAAAACGUUCCAAAGGUCCUAUGAGAGAUUUACCUCUUUUAUUGAAUUAUCCAGAUUUUUAUUCGGAUUUACACAAUUGCUUUUCUGGAUUAUUACAAUCAUUUUACAGCAAAUUAUCUGAAAUUGAAUUGGAUAAUUCAAAUUAUCAAAAAUUAGACAUGUACAAUAAUUAUUCGAUUCCAUCUUGUGAAAUGCCAAGGAUUAGGUCAUUUAUUAGUAAUUCUAGCAUUACCUCGAAUGAAAGUGAUUCACCAUCCACACCAGCAAAUGGCUGUUUUAACUUGUUGUCAGAUUUUUCAAAAAUGGUUAAAAAGAGCCUUUUCAAUAAGGUUUUACUGGAGAGAAAUUUAUUUAUUGGUAUCGAGCUUGCUGAUACUGAUGAUGCAAAUGAAGAGUCUUACACUCAAAGUGAGGAAAUGAUCAAAUCACUCAUCUAUAAUGUUCUCAUAGGGAACCAAUUAAUAGUUAGGAGUGACAAUGUUCAAAUGAGGAAUGAGAUUUGCCGGCUCUUCACAACCAUCGUUCCAAAGGAAUGUGCCAAAAUGGUUCAAGACAGUGAAUCCUAUGUGUUCCCAUAUGAUGCCAAUUUUCUCACAGUACCUAAACAUGUUCAAAUCACUGAGGAUAGUGUUGAUUUUAGAUUUGUCAUUCUACUUGAUAUUGAGGGAUAUUCGUCGAAUGAUAUCGAGGAGAUAUCAAUUCAUACCGAGCAAGAAUAUAAGGAAACAACUCUAGGCAAGGAAAUUGAAAAACUCUUUUUCCAAACAAUUUUUACACACGUCCAACAAUAUUCCACAACCUCCAAUAUGGAUUACAAUACUCUCUACGAUAUUGAACAGAAUAUUUUGAAAUCAUUAAUUCACGACUGGUCAAGAAGGGCCAAGUUUUUCAUUCAGGCCAAUAAGAGACAUGUUGGAGAAAACUUGCCAAUGCACAUACAAGAGUGUGAUACUGGUAUUUUACGUUAUUUUGGAUCUACUAUUUCACUUAAAAAGUCCUUCUCCCAAUUGAAUAUGAAUGUGGAUCUGGAUCAAUAG